GAUCCGAUCCGAUCGGGCAGCCCUUCUGAAUGUGUACACCAUCAGAAACAUCGAACUAGAACACUUCGAUCCAAGGAUCAAACCGGAUCACAAACAAUCAACUCAUCUCACGCGUUUCGAUCCCAAAUCAUCCUCAUAUCUGAAUACAUACCCCCGCUAUCGGGCAUCCCUUUAAAUUGGCCCAAUCGGGUGGAUAUCAAAACAAUUGGCCUAGGACAACCAACAACCCCAGCUCGAUCUAUAAAAACCCCUCAACCACUUCCCCCCGGACAACAACAACAACAAACCACUUCAACACAAAACCAAAACAAAAAAACAAGCAACAUGAGUCAAAUCAACCAGAAGCUCGACGCCCCAGUCUCAUCAAGCACCUCCUCCAUCAGCCCAAACAGCUCCCCAAGCAACCCACCACCCACCUCCAUCAAUCCGCUCAUCCUCGGAGCUAACUCUGCCCCCGCCACCAACGGCUCCCAGAUCGGAUCCACCAGAUCGGCCACCGCCAUGCAAUCCUCCAACUCGAUCGCCGGUACCAGUCUCGGAACUGGUACCUUUGGUGUCAAGACCGGUUUGGCUCAAAUGCUCAAGGGUGGUGUGAUCAUGGAUGUCGUCAAUGCUGAGCAAGCCCGGAUUGCCGAAGAGGCCGGCGCAUGUGCCGUCAUGGCCCUAGAACGAGUACCAUCCGAUAUCCGUCGAGAUGGUGGGGUUGCUCGAAUGUCAGAUCCGGCAAUGAUCAAAGAAAUCAUCGACGCCGUUACCAUCCCCGUCAUGGCCAAGGCACGAAUCGGACACUUUGUCGAAGCACGGAUCUUACAAGCCAUCGGAGUGGAUUACAUCGAUGAAUCAGAAGUGCUCACUCCAGCCGAUCCUGAGCAUCACAUCAACAAGCAUGCGUUCAAAGUUCCAUUUGUCUGUGGCGCAAAGAAUCUCGGUGAAGCACUAAGAAGAAUCUCAGAAGGUGCCGCCAUGAUCCGGACCAAAGGUGAAGCCGGAACAGGGAACGUGAUCGAAGCUGUUCGGCACGAACGAGCAGUACUUGCUGAUAUCCGUAGAGCUUCAGUCAUGUCAGACGAAGAGCUAUACACCUUUGCCAAAGAACUAUCCGCUCCUUAUCAUCUUCUCAAGGAAGUUGCCCGCACCAAGCGUCUACCGGUCGUCAACUUUGCUGCAGGUGGAAUCGCCACCCCGGCGGAUGCUGCACUCAUGAUGCAGCUCGGCUGUGACGGUGUGUUUGUUGGAUCGGGUAUCUUCAAAUCCGACAACCCAGCUUUACUCGCCAAAGCCAUCGUCCAAGCAACCACUCACCACAACAACCCACAGAUGUUGGCAGAGAUCUCGACCGGACUCGGGCCCAUGAUGAAGGGUGAAGGAAACCUCCAGAGUAAGGACGUGGUGAAGAUGUCCUCAAGAGGGUACUAGGAUAGCACUCUAUUUACCCGCUCGAACCCUCAAGGAUUAUCAUCCAACCAUGUGGCUCUGUCCAACUCUCUCCUCCUGUGGAUGAUCCUCUCUCCCUCUUAUGAUUCCUGACGAACUUGUUACAUACACACCCUCCACACUUAUUACUGUUCAUAGCAAUCCCCCCCCCGGACCCCCAAGAAGAAUCCAAAGCUUUCUUACCCAUCCCCACUCAUCCAAAUCAGAUCCCUACAACUUGGAAUCGUUUCAAGGUCACUCACCUCAGAACUGAUCCUAGUCAAAGAUAUCACUGUAAUCUAUAAACAAAAAUACAUAUACUUAAACUUGCCAUGUCUACACGCUUCACUUUUGUCUCGAGAAGGCUUCCAUACAAUCUACCCAUGCUCCUCUAGAAAGCUUGCUAUCCACCAUAGUAUAUGGAAAGCACUUCCAAAUACCGAUGUGGAUUUUCACGUCAACCAGUUAUAA